AUCAUACCUCCGGGGACCCUUUCACCGUUCGGACAGCCUGUGCUUGUCUGAAGCUAAAUCCUAUCCACCACUAUGCAUUUGAGCAGCUUCUCGCUGCUUGCUCUGGGAGCAGCAACGGCUAAUGCCUUUCGUGACACCUCGCCCUUCUUCCUCGCAUCGACGUCUGAGAUUCUCUCUACUUCAUCCCAACUCAAAACCGCCCCUUCCUUGUUAGAUGACCUCUCCUCGAAGCUUAGCUCGUGUCCCUCCGACUACUAUGUCAUUGCUUCCCAGCCCGGUGUUCAUAGCACCGACUUCUCGACUCGCAAGUCUGCACCCCGCCUGGGCGCGAAGAUGACGGGAAAGGAUAAGACUAUCCGGUCGACUGCGACAGUCAACGAAGUUGUUGGUGUGCUCGAAGCGAAGCAGAUUCAAAGCAUUAUCGAGAAAGAAUGUGGGGCGCAAACUACUGUUAUCGAUGGUGCCUCUGGCUCUUAUCCAUCUGACUUUGGCACCGACCCCCGAGUCCUUUUUAUUGAUUUCCCUGUGCUCCCUCUGGGGAAGGAGAGGGCCCAGCAGCUUUCUGACAAUGACGGCCUACUUUCUGAUAUUAUCGAACGGAUCCCUUCGUCGAAGAAGUACACCAUUCUCUAUGUAACUUCACCGAGGGAAUUUGGAGAGUCCGACUCGGGUAUCUAUCAAUCCGAAACUGAUCCCUACCAAGAUCCCGUCCACAUGGACUUGAAGCGGGACUUUGCGGCGCAUAGUCGUCGUUCGGAGCCUGCAUCUAACAAGUCACUCUUCCAAGAGUAUCAAUACUUCACACCUGGCCUCUUCAUGGGACUUAUGGCAACUUUUGUCUUCAUUAUGAUUUUGUAUGUCGGUUUUAGCGCCCUUGCCAGCCUGGAAGUUCCUUACGCUGCUUUUGAAAAAGACACGUCCGCCAGCGUGCAGAAGAAGCAGCAGUGAUUAGUGGUUGGUGUCGCGGAUAGAGGUCCUGGAAUCAGUUUUUAUUCUUUAGUUCGACAUGACAAAUCGGUUGAAAGUCGGUCAUCAACUGCUUUAGACCAUCAAGGUUUUAUCGUGUAUGCUAUGUUGUAUAUUCCAUACGUGUUUAUGGGUCUGAAUGUUAGUUACGGAUUUUCAAAAAAUGUCUGACGUGCGCUCAUGCAGGCCCCAAUA